UCAAAUCGCAAACUUAACCGCUUACCGCUUUUGUGUGUCUGUCGAAUGAACGAAUAUAUAAAUAUUAAUUAAUUAUCGCCAUUAUUUUGUGUGUGAUACAUAUAAAUAUAAAUACACAAGAGACUACAACGAAGGAAGAGUUAUAUUUAAUCAUGUCUCCUCCUAAAUCGACUCCUAAAUCCAAGAGAAAUGAAAAAUCUAGACGAUCAUCGAUUCUUAAACCACGUAAACCACGACAACCGUUUCAAAAUGUGAAUUUUGACUCCCCAACAAAACCCCUCAACGAAACAAAUUCAACUCCAUUGAAAACCAAAAGGCGGGUUAGCUUUGCAGAGAAGAAACAUGUCAAAGAGUUUUGUCAUUCAGUCGAGCAGGGGACUGUAUGGGAUAAUACAUAUGAAGAGCACGAUUGUAGUCUUAAAUCAUCUAUAAGUGAUUCAAGUGGUAAAACUGAGUUGACAGAAGGUGCAUCUUUGCAUAUUUCCCAAAACAAAUGUGAACACAUCUGUGAAAGUAAUUUGAAUAAUCCAAACAACUUCAAUUUGACAAAUAAUCAAUUGUCCGAGUCUAUUGUAAGUGUCCAAGAGAAAGAUAAUGAGAACUGUGAGAUGAUCUUCACCAAUUCAUUCAAAUGUGUAGAAUUCAAUGAGGAAUGUACACAGACAACAUUGUUAAAAAAAUCUACUACAUUUCAAGUAUGUAAGAAUACAACAUUACAUGAUAUUCUUGUAUGUAACAACACGGAUGAAAAUCAUAGAAAUCUAGUGGAUGGAAAGUUUCAACUCGAGCAAAAUAUGAUGCUGAGUCCUCUUUCUGUAUCUCACAUAUCUGAAAAUGCAAUAUCUAGUAAUGUUAUAUACAGAGAUCCUGACGAAGAGAAUAAUAGCAGGAGAAAAUCAUACUCUGAGUCACUCUCUAAUGUUGCUUUUGAAUUAGACAGUACGUGCAACCAGGAUUUGUCUAUGGAGAUUACUGCACCAGUGCCUACAUUUUUAUUACCUUCACGUGCAGUAGAACAAAUAAAUGUACAGAAAGAUGACAAUACAAAUUAUAUUGACAACUGUAAUAAUGCAUCUACUCAGGCUGUGAAGCCUGUUAAUUCUGAUUUAGGAGUUUUUAAACAAAUUGCAGAAAUACAAAACCGUGGAAAUGAGAAUAUGAGUGUUGAAAAUAAUACACACGAUAAGAUAUUUUCAACAAAUUUACAAUCUAAUGUUGCUUCUGAAAAUGCUGUUUUUAGACAAACAAAGGAGGCAACACAGAAUAUUGCCGAAUCAAUGAUAUUAACAACUGCAAUAAAUGUACAAAGAGAUGACAAUACAAGUUAUACUGGCAACUGUAAUAAUGCAUCUAUUCAGGCUGCAUCCAUGAAGCCUGCUAGUUCUGAUUUAGGAAUUUUUAAACAAAUUGCAGAAAUACAGAACCAUGGAAAUGAGAAUUUGAGUGUUGAAAAUAAUACACACAAUAAGAUGAUAUUUUCAACAAAUUUACAAUCUAAUAUUACUUCUGAAAAUACUGUUUUUAAACAAACAGAGGAUGCAACACAAAAUAUUGAUGAAUCAAUGAUAUUAACAACUGCAAUAAAUAUACAAAGAGAUGACACAAGUUAUACUGGUAACUAUAAUAAUGCAUCUACUCAGGCUACAUCUAUGAAGCCUGUUAAUUCCGAUUUAGGAAUUUUGAAACAAAUUGCAGAAAUGCAGAACCGUGGAAAUGAGAAUUUGAGUGUUGAAAAUAAUACACACAAUAAGAUAUUUUCAACAAAUUUACUAUCUAAUGUUACUUCUGAAAAUGCUGUUUUUAGACAAACAGAGGAUGCAACACAAAAUAUUGAUGAAUCAAUGAUAUUAACAACUGCAAUAAAUGUACAAAGAGAUGACACAAGUUAUACUGGUAACUAUAAUAAUGCAUCUACUCAGGCUACAUCUAUGAAGCCUGUUAAUUCCGAUUUAGGAAUUUUGAAACAAAUUGCAGAAAUGCAGAACCGUGGAAAUGAGAAUUUGAGUGUUGAAAAUAAUACACACAAUAAGAUAUUUUCAACAAAUUUACUAUCUAAUGUUACUUCUGAAAAUGCUGUUUUUAGACAAACAGAGGAUGCAACACAGAAUUUUGCCGAAUCAAUGAUAUUAACAACUGCAAUAAAUGUACAAAAAGAUGACAAUACAAGUUAUACUAGCAACUGUAAUAAUGCAUCUAUUCAGGCUGCAACCAUGAAGCCUGUUAGUUCUGAUUUAGGAAUUUUUAAACAAAUUGCAGAAAUACAGAACCGUGGAAAUGAGAAUAUGAGUGUUGAAAAUAAUACACACACACACAAUAAGACGAUAUUCUCAACAAAUUUACAAUCUAAUAUUGCUUCUGAAAAUACUGUUUUUAAACAAACAGAGGAUGCAACACAAAAUAUUGAUGAAUCAAUGAUAUCAACAACUGCAAUAAAUGUACAAAGAGAUGACAAUACAAGUUAUACUGGCAACUGUAAUAAUGCAUCUAUUCAGGCUGCAUUUAUGAAGCCUGCUAGUUCUGAUUUAGGAAUUUUUAAACAAAUUGCAGAAAUACAGAACCAUGGAAAUGAGAAUUUGAGUGUUGAAAAUAAUACACACAAUAAGAUAUUUUCAACAAAUUUACUAUCUAAUGUUACUUCUGAAAAUGCUGUUUUUAGACAAACAGAGGAUGCAACACAAAAUAUUGAUGAAUCAAUGAUAUUAACAACUGCAAUAAAUGUACAAAGAGAUGACACAAGUUAUACUGGUAACUAUAAUAAUGCAUCUACUCAGGCUACAUCUAUGAAGCCUGUUAAUUCCGAUUUAGGAAUUUUGAAACAAAUUGCAGAAAUGCAGAACCGUGGAAAUGAGAAUUUGAGUGUUGAAAAUAAUACACACAAUAAGAUAUUUUCAACAAAUUUACUAUCUAAUGUUACUUCUGAAAAUGCUGUUUUUAGACAAACAGAGGAUGCAACACAGAAUUUUGCCGAAUCAAUGAUAUUAACAACUGCAAUAAAUGUACAAAAAGAUGACAAUACAAGUUAUACUAGCAACUGUAAUAAUGCAUCUAUUCAGGCUGCAACCAUGAAGCCUGUUAGUUCUGAUUUAGGAAUUUUUAAACAAAUUGCAGAAAUACAGAACCGUGGAAAUGAGAAUAUGAGUGUUGAAAAUAAUACACACACACACAAUAAGACGAUAUUCUCAACAAAUUUACAAUCUAAUAUUGCUUCUGAAAAUACUGUUUUUAAACAAACAGAGGAUGCAACACAAAAUAUUGAUGAAUCAAUGAUAUUAACAACUGCAAUAAAUGUACAAAGAGAUGACAAUACAAGUUAUACUGGCAACUGUAAUAAUGCAUCUAUUCAGGCUGCAUUUAUGAAGCCUGCUAGUUCUGAUUUAGGAAUUUUUAAACAAAUUGCAGAAAUACAGAACCAUGGAAAUGAGAAUUUGAGUGUUGAAAAUAAUACACACAAUAAGAUGAUAUUUUCAACAAAUUUACAAUCUAAUAUUACUUCUGAAAAUACUGUUUUUAAACAAACAGAGGAUGCAACACAAAAUAUUGAUGAAUCAAUGAUAUUAACAACUGCAAUAAAUGUACAAAGAGAUGACAAUACAAGUUAUACUGGCAACUGUAACAAUGCAUCUAUUCAGGCUGCAUUCAUGAAGCCUGCUAGUUCUGAUUUAGGAAUUUUUAAACAAAUUGCAGAAAUACAGAACCAUGGAAAUGAGAAUUUGAGUGUUGAAAAUAAUACACACAAUAAGAUGAUAUUUUCAACAAAUUUACAAUCUAAUAUUACUUCUGAAAAUACUGUUUUUAAACAAACAGAGGAUGCAACACAAAAUAUUGAUGAAUCAAUGAUAUUAACAACUGCAAUAAAUAUACAAAGAGAUGACACAAGUUAUACUGGUAACUAUAAGAAUGCAUCUACUCAGGCUACAUCUAUGAAGCCUGUUAAUUCCGAUUUAGGAAUUUUGAAACAAAUUGCAGAAAUGCAGAACCGUGGAAAUGAGAAUUUGAGUGUUGAAAAUAAUAUGCACAAUAAGACGAUAUUUUCAACAAAUUUACAAUCUAAUAUUGCCUCUGAACGUACUCUAUUUAAACAGACAGAGAAUACAACACGGAAUGUUGCCGAAUCGAUGACAUUAACAACUGUAAUACAACCAUUUACUACAAACAAUACAGUUUUUAAUACUUCAAUGGAAAUGACUGCUGCUGUACCUUCAAAAAUGUACAACAAAAUUAUUUCACAUUCGCAUGAUGAAAAUAUGAUUGAAAAAAAUAAUCUGAGAGAAGAUCAAACUGAUGAAACUGAAUUUUUCACCGAUGUAAUGAUGGAGCCUGUAAAUAUGUUACCACCUUUAAUUGUUUCUAACAAGAAGAAAGAUUUGAGAAUGGAUGAUAAAGUAAUACCCAAUGAUGAUAGAACCAUGUUCUUUCAAGACAUAUCCAUGAAAAUGACUAACGUGAUAUCAAAAAAUCAAGAAAUUACUCGUCCAAUCGUUCACAAGUCAAUAUCUGAAGAGAGUACAUAUAAAGAAAAAAAUAUGGACAAUUCCAGUAACUUUAAUGAAAAAACUAGAUCAUUGUGCAAGUCUAUGGAGUUCACCGAAGCUGUUCCAGUCUCUUUGCAUCAUGAAAGAACAUUUAAUGCUAUCUGCACUGCACAAUCUACAUCAAUCUCUGUAACAACAUCAAAACUAGAUUUGCCUGUUGAAAAUUUAGUAUCAGAAUCAAUGUUUCAAGACACAGUUGCAAAUAAAACAAUUCAACAUGUAGAACCAAUGGAAAUUACUGCUACAGAUUUGUCGACCCUACAUCUACGAGAUGCGACAGAUGAAAGAAAGAGUUCAAUCAUUUCUAAGGAUAAUGAAUUUCAGCAUCUGAGGACAGAUAAUUGUAGAUUAAACGAUCUAACUGCAAAUAAUUUAUCAGAAUCGAGGAAAAAUGUAAUGAAAGAUAGUUACAUAAUUUCCAGAGAAAUUUCCGUUCUUCCAUCUUCGACAAAUAAUUUAAAUCAUUCUUCAAGUACAGUUUUAAAAAAUAUUAGCAGUAGAAGAGAAGCAUUUGAAGAUGAACAACCAAACCUGAAGAAGUUUUGCAGUUCUUUUACGGAAUCUCGUCUGUCUCAAGAAAAUAAUGUACAUUUAUCUCUAAGAUCUAAUGAUAAUCAUGUAAAUGAUAUUGAAUAUAAUGAGUAUUCUGUUAAGGAUCAUACAAUGGAUUGUAGUGAGUUGUCUGCAUCAAAUUUCAGAAAUAAUCUAGAGAUUAGCGAAUGUAAUUUGUUCAGAAAAAGUCUGGAGAACAACAUUAUAGAGUUAAGCUCUAUUAAACCACCAUCGUUCUUAUCGUUGGACAGCGACAAAGAAGAAAAUUCCUUCCUUAAUGCCUUACACGAAGACAAACUACCGACUGAUGAUGAUGAAACAGUCAAUAAUAUGUGUAAUAAUUCAAAUCAAUUAAUAGGAAAUAAUGUAACAGAAUAUUUGGCAGAAUUGAGAACAAUUGUCAAUAAAUCAAAUUAUUGUACAACAAAUGCAGAGAAUCCUAAUGAAGAAAGUGUAUUAUCAACACAGAAUGAAGAAGACGACAAUUGUCAAAUGAUCCAGAAAACGAUUAUUAAUGAUGAAGAUACUCGAAUUAGUGAACCAAAUCAUACAACAAAUGCAGAGGAUUGUAAUGAAGAAAAUAUAUCAUCAACACAGACUGUAAAACAUGGAGAGAUGAACACUGAUCAUUUCAUAUCACCAGUUAUCAAAAAGGAUGAAGUAAUAGAUGAAGAAAACAUUAGAGGAAGGAUGAAUGAUGAUGCAGAGCCACGAAAUAAUAUCAAAGAAAAAGAACAGUAUUUGGUUGUGCAAAGAUUGGAGAUGGAAUGGUCUACUGAUCACCUCAAAAAGACAGAAGUAGUUAAAAAUCAAUCUAAUUCAGAGAAACAUUGCAAAGAGAAUUUAAAUGCUGAAGCAGGAGGAAUGGAAGAAAAAGAAAACUGUAAGGAAGAAAGAUUUGCAGCGAAGCAAUGUGUUACCAUGAUUGAAGAUGAGUCUUUGACCGAGCAAGAUCCCUUUUUAUUGUUAUUACAGAAAUUAGAAACACAUAGCGAAAAAGAUGACUGCAUUUGGAACGUGUAUCAUAAGAAUGUCGACAAGAAGACGAUUGUUUUCGGCUUUAUAUCGAAUUCGUUGAUAUUAAUAACAACGUUUCUAUCGUCACAUCUUAAUUGCUCCGGAGAGAACCCGAUCGAAAAGAUCAGAAUUGUUUCCCGUGCUUCAGAUAAUUCUGGUGUAUUAGUAAGGAUAGUUCACAAAUUAAUUCUGGAGAAACUAGAUGAAGAAAUGCUUAUGUAUUUGUAUAAAAUUCACGAAGAGGUUUUACGUAUGUUGGAACGUGUUUCGCAAGAUGUGAAAUUAGCGAUGGAUUUCAUGUUCGAUUUGAAACGCUUGGACGCUUUAAAUUUGAUGGAAAUUGCUUAUAAUGAAAUCUCAUUCCUGUGUCGAAGCAAACGAGUGGAAAUUAUAUUGAAAGUCACGAUUAAAGUCAAACGUUUCGAUAAACUCACUUCAAACGAUAUAAGUGUUAAUUGUUUGUUAGGCACAAUAAAAGAAACGGAUGUUAAGAGUUUAAUUAAGAAUAUAAAAAAGGAUCACAAAUUCUUAAAGAGGUAUAUGAACGAUAUCAAGGAUUAUAUUGACAUAAUGGAAGAGACUUUAAUUACCAAGAAGUCGCCGAUUGAUUUUCAGUGAAGAUAUUUCAUGUGUUCAAAUUAGAAUUAAAAUAAAUGAAUUUUCGAAUCGUCGAUAUAUGAUGAUUGUGCAAUUAUCCAUAUUUGAAAAGCAACACAAAGCGCUGUCUUAAUUUUGUAUUACCAUUUGUAAAAUGUACUAUUUUUUAUCGCUCUUUGUAAGUUAUAACUGCAAUGUGUAAUAUAAUUUAAAAAAUACAUAUAUAUAUAU